AUGCACUCUUCGCCUCGCUCCACACCCCGCACUCCGUCGGGCGCCAAGAUCAACGCCGCCACGCCCAAGACGACCGCGCCGCCGCGCACCGUAACCGACCAGUUCCGCAAGGAGUACAGGAACCUGCUCGACCGGCUCCCCAAGUGCGACCUCGACCCCGAGACGGCCGUCAUCUUGACGCACCAGACGGCGCAGCGCCGCACGGGCGCGGCGCAGCACGAGCGCAUCCAGCUCCGCUCGGCGUACGACGCUCAAGGUCGCACGGUCACCUGGAUCGAGCACGUCCGGGGCGAGCGCUCGUUCCCGCAGAGCUCGUCGUCCAUCUCGACGCCGUCCAAGAGCAAGAGCAAGAGCAAGGGCAAGCAGCGCGUCGAGCCGUCGAGCGACGAGGGCGACGUCCACGUCCUGCCGUCGACCGACGACGAGUCGGACGUCGUCGUCACCCCGACCCGCACGCCGCGCAAGAGCGCUACCAAAGUGCAGCCGUCGCCGUCGUCGUCACCGAGGAAGGCCCCCGUCACGCCCUCGAAGAAGGCCCCCUCGACGUCGCGCCUCCCGAUCGACGAGAGCUCAGAGUCGGAACCCGAGCCGCGCAUGAUCGGCGAGCCGUCGGGCACGGACAAGGCGCAGGAGCUCGCCGAAAUCGUCGAGCGCCUUCGCCUCAAGUCGGACACGGAGGGCGAAAAGCGAGAGCCGCCUCUGAGCCCGCCGCGCCCGACUCCGAACCUCGACAAGCUCCGGUACCGGCUCCGCAGCAGCGCCACGUAAGCAGCGUCGGCGACGAACACACUCUCUAGCCCUCC